GUCGGAAGUCCGAGCCGAUCCCGGCCGCCAGGGCCAGCGGGAGCUGCCUGCCGGUCCAGUUUCUGAAUGCAGGGGUCCCCGGGGCGCACCCCGAUGCCGAACACGCGGCUUCUGGUGCUCUUCGGCAGCCAGACGGGCACAGCCCAAGAUGUGUCGGAGAGGCUGAGCCGCGAGGCCUGGCGCAGGGAGCUCGGCUGCCGGGUGCAGGCCCUGGACUCCUACCCCGUGGUGAAUCUGAUAAAUGAGCCCCUGGUGAUAUUUGUUUGUGCAACUACAGGCCAAGGAGAGCCCCCGGACAACAUGAAGAACUUCUGGAGGUUCAUCUUCCGGAGGAACCUGCCAUCGACGUCCCUCUGUCAGAUGGACUUUGCUGUCCUGGGCCUUGGGGACUCAUCUUACGCCAAGUUCAACUUUGUGGCCAAGAAGCUGCACCGACGGCUGCUGCAGCUCGGGGGCAGCGCCCUCCUGCCCGUGUGCCUGGGCGAUGACCAGCACGAGCUGGGGCCCGACGCCACCAUCGACCCCUGGCUGCACGACCUGUGGGAGAAGGUGCUGGGGCCGCACCCUUUGCCCCUUGACCUCAGCCUGACCCCGCCCGGAGUCCCUUGGCCCUCCAAGUUCACCCUGAAGUUCCUCCAGGAGGUCCCCAGCACAUGCUCUGAGGAGCUGUGUGUGACCGGGACAGACCCUCAGGGACCCCCUUCAGAGCUACAGCCCUUCCUGGCACCCAUGGUCACCAAUCAGAGGGUCACCGGCCCCUCACACUUCCAGGAUGUUCGGCUGAUUGAGUUCGACAUCACGGGCUCUGGGGUCAGAGCCCUGGGUGUCCCCCACAGCUUUGUGGCCGGCGACGUGGUGCUGAUCCAGCCCGAGAACACGGCCAGCCACGUCCAGCAGUUCUGCCAGGUGCUGGGCCUGGACCCUGACCAGCACUUCACGCUGCAGCCCCGGGAGCUGGGUGUCCUCUGCCCCGCGCGGCUGCCCCAGCCCUGCUCCAUUCAGCGCCUCGUGUCCCAGUACCUGGACAUCGCCAGCGUCCCCCGCCGCUCCUUCUUCGAGCUCUUGGCCUGCCUCUCCUGCCAUGAGCUGGAGCGGGAGAAGCUGCUGGAGCUCAGCUCGGCCCAGGGCCAGGAGGAUCUGUGCGAGUACUGCACCCGGCCCCGCAGGACGGUCCUGGAGGUGCUGUGCGACUUCCCACACACGGCUGGCGCCAUCCCCCCGGACUACCUGUUGGACCUCAUUCCCCUGAUCCGGCCGCGGGCCUUCUCCAUUGCCUCUUCUCUGCUGGCUCACCCCUCCAGGCUGCAGAUUCUCGUGGCAGUGGUGCAGUACCAGACACGCCUCAAGGAGCCCCGCCGGGGCCUCUGCUCCAACUGGCUGGCGUCUCUGGACCCCGGGCAAGGACCUGUUCGGGUGCCCCUGUGGGUGCGGCCUGGGGGCCUGACGUUCCCAAAGACACCAGACACGCCUGUGAUCGUGGUGGGGCCGGGCACUGGCGUGGCCCCCUUCCGAGCAGCCAUCCAGGAGCGAGUGGCCCAGGGCGAGGCCGGGAACGUCUUGUUCUUCGGCUGCCGCCAGCGGGACCAGGACUUCUACUGGGAGGCCGAGUGGACGGAGCUGCAGACACGGGGCUGCCUGACUCUCGUCACGGCCUUCUCCCGGGAGCAGGAGCAGAAGGUGUACGUGCAGCACCGGCUCCGGGAGCUCGGGCCGCUGGUGUGGGGGCUGCUGGAUCUCCGGGGCGCUCACUUCUACCUGGCGGGCAACGCCAAGUACAUGCCGGCUGAUGUGUCGGACGCCCUGACGUCCAUCUUCCAGGAGGAGGGCGGGCUCUCCGGCCCUGCCGCGGCCGCCUACCUCGCCAGGCUCCAGCGGACCCUGCGUUUCCAGACUGAGACGUGGGCCUGAGGAGCCGUCCCGCCGUUGGCCGCAGCCACUCUGACUGCUGCUCUCUGGAGGCCACUGUUACCUCUCUCCCUGUCCAGUCCCAGCUGGGAGGACAGUCCGCUCUCCUUCCUGCACAGUCCCCAAGCAGCAGGAGGAGACCCCCAGGCAGCCCCCACCUUACAGCCUGAGCAAUAAAGGAUGGGCUCUGGGUGGCCGCUUCUUA